ACAGUGUCAGUCAAGAUGGCGGGGCGGCGGUGGCGCUGCGGCUGGAGCCUGGCGGCGCUGGCCCUGGCCCUGGCGACGCUGCUGCACGCCUGCGGCGGGGCCGGGGCCGGGGCGUCGAACGAGACCGGGCUGGAGACGGGCAUUUACGGGCUGCGGCUGGUGGCGGUGGAGAGGCCGAUCCUGGAGGAGGAGGAGGCGGCGGUGGGCGGCGGCCAGGCCGGCGAGGCGCUGCGGGUGCUGGAGGGCCAGACGGUCAAGCUGCGGAUCUUCGGCCGGGGCAUCGACGCGGGCGCCUGGAGGCGGGUGGGCUUCGCCGAGCUGGGCCCCGAGGAGGGCUCGGCCAACGGCAGCGCGAGGCGGGCGUGCCCGUCCCGCAGCCGCGACCUGGAGGUGAAGCCCGGCGUGGAGGAGCGGCGGGAGACCUCGGGCCUGCUCACCGUGCGGGUGCAGCCGCUCCGCAAGCAGGAGAAGGCCCGGCUCUUCGGCCUGUGCAGCCGCCCGCCCGGCGGCGAGGCCAGCUCGGCCUGGCUGCUGCACCCGGAGCCCGACAGCCGCCUGCGGGUGCAGGAGGAGGCGCCGCCGCUGCUGCCCUUCUGGCUGCAGGUGAUCCUGACGGCGCUGCUGCUGGUGCUCUCCGGCAUGUUCUCGGGCCUCAACCUGGGCCUGAUGGCCCUGGACCCCAUGGAGCUGCGGAUCGUGCAGAACUGCGGCACCGAGAGCGAGAGGAGGUACGCCCGCAGCAUCGAGCCCGUCCGCCGCCAGGGCAACUACCUGCUGUGCUCCCUGCUGCUGGGCAACGUCCUGGUGAACACCACCCUGACCGUGCUGCUGGACGGGCUCCUGGGCACCGGCUGGGUCACCGUGGUGGCUUCCACGGUGGGCAUCGUCAUCCUGGGUGAGAUCGUGCCCCAGGCGCUGUGCUCCCGGCACGGGCUGGCGGUGGGCGCCCGCACGGUGCUGCUGACCAAGUUCUUCAUGGUGCUGACCUUCCCGCUGGCCUUCCCCAUCAGCAAGGUGCUGGACUGCGUGCUGGGCCAGGAGAUCGGCAAGGUCUACAGCCGCGAGAAGAUCCUGGAGAUGCUCAAGGUGACGGGCCCCUACAACGGCCUGGAGGCCGACGAGCUCAACAUGAUCCAGGGUGCCCUGGAGCUCCGCAGCAAGACCGUCGAGGACGUCAUGACGCCCAUCCACGACUGCUUCAUGGUGUCCAGCGACGCCAUCCUUGACUUCAGCACCAUGUCCGAGAUCAUGGAGACGGGCUACACCCGCAUCCCCGUCUACGAGCAGGAGAAGUCUAACAUCGUCGACAUCCUGUACGUCAAGGAUCUGGCCUUCGUCGACCCAGACGACUGCGUCCCCCUCAAAACGAUCACCAAGUUCUACAGCCACCCGCUGCACUUUGUGUUCUACGACACCCGGCUGGACACGAUGCUGGAGGAGUUCAAGCAGGGUAAAUCACACCUGGCAAUUGUACAGAAGGUGAACAGUGAAGGUGAGGGAGAUCCUUUCUACGAGGUGCUGGGACUGAUCACUUUGGAGGAUGUUAUUGAAGAGAUCAUCAAAUCAGAAAUUCUUGACGAAUCGGACAUAUUCACGGACAAUCGCUCAAAGCAGAAGGUGACUCACAACAACAAGAAGAGGGACUUCUCGGUUUUCAAGCCCACUGUCCAUGAGGUGAAAGUCAAGGUGUCCCCGCAGCUGCUGCUGGCUGCUCACCGCUUUCUGUCCACAGAGGUCACUCUUUUUGCCCCUGCCCACAUGUCCGAGAAGAUUCUGCUGCGGCUCCUCAAACAUCCCGACGUCAUCAACGAGAUCAAGUUUGACGAGGGCAACAAGCUGGCUGCUGAGCACUAUCUGUAUGUGCGGGGGAAGGCGGUCGAUUACUUUGUCCUUGUUUUACAGGGUAAAGUGGAGGCAGAGGCUGGCAAAGAAGACAUGAAGUUUGAGACGGGACCCUUUUCUUACUAUGGUACCAUGGCCCUUGGCAGUCCCAUUUUGGCUCUCUCUUCCAGGCUCCGUACUUGCAGUCUCAAACGGCCUUCUCUAAUUUCUUGGUUCCGAGAAACGCGUCCAUCCUCUCGCACCAGUGAGCUGAGUCGCUCUGUCUCGCUGAGCUACGCCGAGCGCUCUGAAUCGAUACCAUCUAUCGUCUCACCCAGCCCCUUGACGCACUACGUUCCGGAUUUCUCCGUCAGGGCGCUGACCGACCUGCAGUAUGUUAAGGUGACAAGGCAACAGUACCAGAAUGGCUUACUGGCGUCAAGGAUAGACAGCACCCCGCAGUCUCCGGACAACCCCCACACGAAGAUCGACAUGAAAAUAGAGAAACCUGAGACUAUAGCAGAUGAAACCACGGACCUUCUGAACGAGCAGAACUCUUUGAACCGUACUUUGAACCACACUUUGGAAAACAGUAUAUGACCCCACGCUUGGAGGGUCGAGGCUCUGCUCCUGGGGCAUUUAAAACAGUUCCUGCGAACAAUCACCGUGCAAUCUUUUUAUAGUGUGUGUGUGUGGGGAUGAACGAGGAACGGUACGACAUGAGACAGCUCGUGCAGAAAGUGAGGAGACAUGCCCGGUGAAUAACUGAUUUGCUACAGCCACACAUGCCGGGUCAGCACGCGGACAAAAAGACAAGACUGCUCAACCCCAAGAGGAACCAUCUAUAGCCAUCUCCUCUUCUCCUGGCAAGUGAACCUUCCAGUGUCUAACAUGGGCAGGACCACAUGACUUUGACUGGUUGCCUGCUAUCUUGGACAGCUUCAGAUGGCUUGGGGCUGUGUGUUGCUGGGUAGCAUUUCAGCUCUCGCCCUGGGCUGAUGUACGCUGAACACCCAUUCCCCUCUCCCCACCAUCCCCAGAUUGUCAUUUCCUUGCAUUUCAGCCUUCAUUCCUUUGCACAUUUCGAGUAUUGGGAGGUGGCAGAGGAAAUGUUGUUCCUAUUACAAUGCGCAGACAAGUCACAUCAUUUUACACUAUGCACUAGAACAACGUGCAACAGUUUUACAGUCUUGGGGACAGGAGCAGUGUUUGGGAACAGCUUCUCUUACUAGUUUACUUUCAUCCUGAGGUAGAUCUCUCCAUGUUUCAGGUCUGCCAAUGUCUGUCCUUCUGUGCAGUUAAAGCCUGUACCCAUCACAUCAACUUCUGACAGUUGGUGCCUGUUGACGAUAGACUUCAGCUGAUCCUGACCUGUUAUUGAUUCCCUGAUUGUCCAUCGGUGUUUAGCCAGAAGAUGGAGAAUUGCCAGAAGAAACCACAUGAGUUCAGAAUCUCUGAGGGCCUUCGCCCUGUGGUCAGUUCUUCUGUGAUCCUUGUCAACUUUGAUCUAAAGUGGUAUGGUUGAGCAAACAGCACUCCGAUAACAUGGAGGUAUUGAUAGCCAGGAACGAGGGAAAGCUUAGGUUCAUUGGCAAAGCCAUAGGGAUUUCUACAUGUCUAAUCUAACUCGAUUCCUGGAUUUGGGGUUUGUUUAAAUUGGGAAAUUGAAGUUUUAAGUAUUAACGGAAUGUCUAUUCUGUGUGGGGGUGUAUUCCGGGUUACCCAUAGCUGUGCAUAACCAUGCCUCAGGGAAGGUUCAGGCCCGACUGUGGGCACAUAAAUUGCAAGCCCCAGAGCAGUCACCUCAAGGCUGGGUGGUUUUGGCAGGUACAAUGCUCUACAACUCGUACAAUAACCAGAAAUACUUUUUUGGGCCAGUCCAGUGGAAAGUCUGAGAAUAAACAGGUUGCAUCUGCUGCAAGGAGAGAGAGAGAGAGUGAUAUGAAGUGUUUUCAAGCCCAAACCUUGACUUGAAGUGGUAUCAAUUCAUUUUCUGUAAUUUUCCACUGAAGGAAGGGCUUGCUGGUUUAGAGGCGGAGUUCAGUUUGUUCCACAGACCAAGUUUGUCCCGUGUCUUUUUUUUAAGGGGUGGGAGGGUUUUUUUUUAAGUUAUCCCGACUUGUAGCUCUGUUAAGGUGCACGGCCCUGUUUGCGAGUUGGCCAGAGCAGUUGAAGCAGAACUAAGAAGGUACAAAAGGUACAUUGUGAAGUAAAUCCAUUCAUCAGUGAAUCUUUGAGGGCCAGGAAUGAGAGUUUAUCAAAUGGGAUACUCUGGAAGUUGUAACAGUCUGCACCAACUCCCAUUAUGUCUGGCACCAGCUGCUUUUUUUUUGAUAUCACAGUUUAUUUCUCAAUCUCAGUAAGAAGGGACAAACUUGUGGGUCACCUCCACACGGUCAGGCCACACCUCCUGUGUGCUAACGUCUAUGACUGUUGGGCCUCACAGAAAAGCUUAUCAGUUUAUUCUAAUUGAUGUGUAAUGUGAUUUAGUCUUGCUUUAUUUAUUUUUUUAAAUACUGGCUCUAAUUGCCUAAAAGAUCAUUCUUAUCUUCCUGACACAAUUUUUUUUUGAUUGUUUACAGUUGGUUUUGCAAUAUGCUGGUUAAGGUGCAGCUGCUUGAUAAGUUAGUUUGCCCAGAGUCUUCCCUGUGAAUUAAACAACUUCCUUCACUUUUUUUUUAAACUGCUUGACUUACCCAUUGCUUUCUUUGAGGGUCCCAGUUUGUCUGCGUUUGUCAAUCCACUGCCGCAUGUGCACAUUGCUGGUCCCAAGCUGAGAUUGCUGGAGGAACCUGGCAGCAGAAACAGAGUUAGCAUUUCAAGUCUAGUAUGUGUUCUGCAGAGCACAGGAAGAGUCACUGGACCCAAAACGUUAACUCUGUUUAUCCCUCUCCGCGGAUGCUGCCAGACCUGCUGAGUUUCUCCAGCUAUUUCUGUUUGUUAGUUUCAGAUCUCCAGCAGUUCUUUGUUUAAUGACGAGUCUUAUCAGCUGGUGCCUCUUUGGCUCGCCCUUGUGCAAAGGACUUGGGUACAAACUCUGAGGGUGGGACUGGGAACUCCUGAGGUGCAUGCUGCAGUCAAAUGGGCAACUAAGAGGGUUAACACCGAAACAAAGACUAUUUCCAUCAGUAAGCUACAUGGAGUUGACCUCAUUGCAUGCAAUCACUUGUAUAUUCAUUUCGAUUAUCUCAUUCUCUUGGAGAGCCUCAACAGUCUUUGUAAGGAGUUUCCCUCCUCGUAUUGUUUAACAUCCUGUUGAUAUUAAACAGCUUUAAUAUUUGUUCUUCCCUAGGAGAAUGCAGGAUAUUUAAAUUUUCUUAAAGCACACACUAAGAAAUGGCAAUCCGUUUUCCAGAAUGUACUUUUUUUAACUACCCUUUUUUAAAUGCAAAUCUAUAUAUGAAAAUGUAUUUUUGGGGUUGGCAAUGAGAAUCAAACCUCCCAAUCAUUUGCAUUGAGGGGAAAGUGGGGGAGCAAGAGAAGGCUGAUAUCCUCAGCCCCCUGACAGCUUUUACAGAAACCGAGCAACUUUUUAAGGGGAAAAAAAAAUCCAGGAUUGGAAUGUGUUUAACUAAUAUUUUACUAUUUUACCUCUUGGUGCCGAAUGCCAGCAAUAAUUAUAUCGCAAACAGGUGGUGUUCCAAAAUACUGCAAUCUUCCCAGGCCAUCUUCCAUGAUUGUGGAUAAUGUUCCUCAAAUUCUGCAUCUUCAGGAGUCAUUGGAAUUAAGAAACCUGAUUAAACCCUGAUGGGUAACGCUCUGUGUAGACCAUAUUUAUUUGGCAAUAAGAUGUUGUUUAUAUAUGUGAUUUCUUUGUUUUGUUUUCUGCCAUGACCUGUUUGCAUUAAUAUAUCCUGUCUUUCAACCAAACACUUGGAAAUGUUUAUGUCUGUGUGUGUGUGUGUGUGUGUUUGUCUCCUGAGUGUUUUUGAACAGACUCUGUAUUUGGGUCGUGCACUUUCUGAUGUUUUAAAUAAGGUUAUUAAAUGCCGAACGUGUUUCUCUCAUGACUGGUUCAUUGCGGAUUUUUGCCAAUUUAAACCUCAUUUUGUAUCCGUGGCCAGCAGGUUCAUUCCCCCACUCAAUUCUCCUACUUUCAAAACAGGUGUCAAAAAACUGCUUUAAUUUCUGUAAAAUGUUGGAGAUUCUUUGUAAGCAGGAGAGUCAGUCCAGUUUCUUUAUUGUCAUGGUGCACAUGGCCGCCAUGUAUAAAGCGAUUUCUUUGGAUUUUGAGGGAGGGUAUUCUAUAUUUCUGUAUUAAAGAAAUGAUUUUAA